UUCGCGUCAAUCGUUCGCAUGUGGUGUUUCUUCCUUCGCUUUCGUCAUUUUGCAGAGUUUCGAGUGGUUCCGUGAAGUGUUUCGCAAAAUCGACUUUAAUUGGCUCGUCAAAGUCGAUCCUUAAACCAAUAAAUUCAUUGCGUAACUUGAAGCGAUAGUUGCAUAUUUAUAUCACACGUAUAGAAACUGGUCCUAGCGUAGAUGGCGACCCUGCUGAACGAAUCGCUGGUCCUGGCGUUGGAGCGAUCCAACCCCAAGGACAGCUACGUGGCUGGAGCCGAAACCUUGCUCCGGUUAUUGGACAACAUCAUCCGGGAACCAGGGAACGAAAAGUACCGCUCGAUCCGGCUGGAAAACAAAACCAUCAAGGAAAAGCUGCUCUCGGUCAAGGGCAUGAAGCAGCUGAUGCUGGAAAUGGGAUACGUGGAAAAAAAUGGUACGCUAACGCUACCAUCGAACGUAAUCAUUGCGAAGAUAAGAAAGUAUCGAGACUUUAUCCAUGAACGGAAGGAUUCCGUACAGAAUCCUCCUUCGACUAGUUCCGGUACUGGCAGUCAAGUGGAUACAAAACUAAUUGAGCUGGUUAAACCGAGCACAGCGGCAUUCAAGCCAAUCGAGCCUCGCAUACGUGCUGGUGCAGCAUUUCAUCGUAGGAUAGCUUUUCCAAAGAUCAUCAGCUCUCGUAAUGCGUUUCUACAGCAGUUGGAGCUGCUUUCGGAUCAGGUGAUGCAGUACGAAGAUAAGCAAUUGCUGGAGAGCGCAAGGAGCAUGGUGCCGAUGGAAAAACUCCGUGAACGAGCCAAAGAAAAGCUAAGAAAAGCCCAGAAGCUGAUAAAGGCAGGGACGUACCCUGAAAGUGAUGAGCCUUGGAUGGUUGAUCUGAUUCUGGAAGAACUGGUGAGCUGGUUCAAGGCGGAUUUCUUUCGAUGGAUAAAUACGUUGCCCUGUUCGAUCUGUGGAAAUGAGAAAACUCAACAGGUGAGCAGUGGUGUCGAAGACGGUGUGCGGGUGGAAGUUUAUCAAUGUUGUGACCAACAGAGGCGAUUCUACAGGUACAAUGAUGUGGAGAAAUUGCUUCACACUAGAUGUGGUCGUUGCGGAGAAUGGGCUAACUGUUUUACAUUCCUGUGCCGGGCUUUGGGCUACGAAGCACGUUUUGUAUUUUCCACGGGUGACCACGUUUGGACCGAAGUUUAUUCGGAACGGAAACGAAAAUGGAUUCACGUUGACCCCUGUGAAAACGCCAUCGAUUCACCUCUGAUGUAUGAGCAUGGUUGGAAAAAAGAGAUCGCGUAUGUUUUUGCUUUCUCUCGCGAAGACAUUCAAGACGUCACCUGGAGAUACUCUAAUGAUCACUCGAAGGUGUUAAAACGGAGAAACAGCUGCACUGAGAAGGAGCUUCUCGAGACAAUUUUGAAAUUGCGAGAAAAACGAAGAGAAAGAGUAUCGGCACCGAGGAUGUUCUAUCUUAGAAAAAGGACACUAGAAGAAUGUCUUCAACUCAUCAGCACAAGACCAGCUAAUCAGGCCGAAUUAGAGGGUCGUAGCUCUGGAAGCAUGGAAUGGAGACUACAACGGGGCGAACAAAAGCUCAACACGUUUUAUAUUUUCAUUCCCAACGAGGCUGAGAUUCGGACUAAGCAGUUCAAUAUAAGAUAUUCCUGCACCAAGGACACCUAUCAACGGUUCAUUAAGGAACCAAGCAAUAGUCAGCUGACGAUAGUCGAAUCGAUCAAAAACUGGCAAUCGUGUCAGUUUACUAGUGAAAAUAUUUUCCGAAAGGAAGAACACGACUGGAAAAUGGUGUAUUUAGCUCGCACCGAAGGAACCGCCGAGGCAUUUAUAAGUUGGAAAUUUGAUUUUUCAAUCCAAGGCAUGAAGGUCAAAAACGUACAGCUUAAGUUGGGUACACAAAUCUACGAGGGCGCUAAGAUAGACAUAGCAUAUCUGAAAGAGGAUGGUACAAGGGUAUCAUCUCUACAGGAGCUUGCAGGUGUUGGAAAAUUUACCAUUCGGGCUCACUUGAGUGGCGGGAAAAUGUGGCAACAUGCACAAAUCUUUCGUCAAGGUAAGUACGACGACGGUUAUCCGUUCGAGCUCAAUGUACAGUUCAUGUAACGAAUGUGGUAUUGAAAAAUAUGCUUUUUGAAAAAAUGCCAGUGUAGUGAAUCCGGUAAACCCAUCUAAUCAUUAUACAAUAUACAAAUGUAAUAGAAGUGGUAAGUUUUUGAAUUGUGGUUUUAGCAUCCGUAUUCAAGGCAAACGUAAACGUUCCAAUUUUUUUUUCACCACAAAUAUAAUAUAAGCAAAGCGUUAAUAUAAUAAUUAGUACACUUUCAAAAGUAACGUGUAUAAUGAUGAUACAAUAGAUUUUAAGUGUCCUAUUUCUAGUCGUUGCUCUUGAUGAUUUUUAAAGCAAUGUAUCGUGCAUAUUACACUAUUAUUAUAAUAAAGCUAUACAUAAAACA